AUGAAUUUUUUCUUUCGGUCUGGAAAUCCACGCGCACUAAAAUUGCUUUCAUUUGCCACAGUUCAAGAGCGAGAAGAUACAGAAGCCCAAAUCCGUACAGAAUUAUCACUAUUAAAAUCUCAAUUAACUAAUUCAAAUAAUAAUGAAGAGAUAGAAAAAAAUUCAGUAAAUAUAAAUGAAGACCCCCAAGAUUCUUUAA